CUCCAUCGCUGAUAGAGAAACAUUUAAAAAAACUCGCGGAUAAAGUUAGGCAAGGUGUGUCUAGGAAAAACAUACAAUCAUACAUUGAAAUUGGGUUAAAAUAUCCACAUUUGGUAUAAUGAAUGCCAAUGAUGUCAUUGCAGAUGUGAAAGCUAAAAUGACAGAGCGUAAAAUUAGACGAUACUCUGAGCCUGGAGGAAGAGGAGUAAGAAGACCGGAAGAAAUUUUACGAGAUGUUCGGGGUUUAAAACUGAGACAAAGAGUAUCGUUGGUUUUAGCUGAUGAAAUUUUACGAGAAGAACUUGAAGGAACCAUAAAAAACAGUACAGUAAAUGGUGUUACUAGAGCUGAUACAAUACGUACAUUUCAAGACUUUCUACUGCCAGCAUUUCAACCUAGUUUAGUGUCAGUGGGAAAGGGAUAUGGAGGACCAUCAACAACAGUUUUGCCAGUUAACGAUAUUCGUGGAGAAAGUACCCUAGAUUUCAGUAAAUCUGAAAGAAUCUUAAGAUGUAAACUGGCGGCAGUUUAUCGACUUGUCGACAUUAUGGGCUGGUCAGAGGCAAUUUUUAAUCAUAUAUCAGUCCGUUCUUCACCUGACCAAAACGAAUUUUUACUGAAUCCAUUUGGCUUGUUGUUCAGUGAAGUUACAGCAUCAUCUCUGGUGAAAUGUGAUAACCAAGGUAACAUCAUUGAUGGGGGAAGUACCUCCUUAGGAAUCAACAAAGCUGGCUUCAUUCUGCACUCAACAAUACAUGAAGCUAGGCCAGAUAUAAACUGUGUCAUUCAUAUUCACACACCUGAUGUGGUUGCUGUUGCAUCUAUGAAAUGUGGUUUUCUGAGAAUAAGUCAGGAAUCUUUAGUUGUUGGAGAAGUAUCAUACCAUGAUUACUGGGGUAUACUUAUUGAUGAAGCAGAAAAGGAAAGUAUCAAAAAUGAUCUUGGUCCAACUAGUAUGGUGAUGUUUCUGCGGAACCAUGGAGUUGUUGUAUGUGGUAAAACAAUAGAAGAUACGUUUAUGCUUCUCGAUGAAGUCAUGACAGCUUGCGAAACACAGGUAAAAGCAGUAUCGAUUGGUUUGGACAACUUAAAUAUUAUCAGCGACGAAGCAUACAACCAAGUGCAAGUUAUAAUGCAAGCAGGUUGCAAAGAAGUCAUUAAAACACAGGAUGGCAAGCAAAGAAUGACAUUAGCAGAGUAUUAUUUUGAAGCAUACAUGCGAUGGUUAGAUUCUCAAGGCUACCGUACAGGUUAUGCGUACCACAUGCCUGAUGUAUUUGUGUCUGGCAAACCAUCCAAAAAGAUUCCGGAAUCUCGCAUACCUCCUCAGACAACUUCAGAUAGGGACCUACCAUACCAAGUUUACUAUGAUCACCAGAAGAAUAUUGAACGGCACAGGUCUAUGGGUCGUGGAAAUACUCAUCUUAAUCGAGUGAAGUGGUUGAACAAACCUGUCCAGGGAACACAAUACAUUAAAGAAGAGAAAGAGAAGAAAAUACCUGAAGACGAUGUCACUAAUAAUCUUCUGAAUGGACACAUUAAUGAAAGUGAAGAAAUAACCACUGAGGUGGUGCAAGACGACACGAAAAUAGUAACAAAAACGACAACGUCAGUAACGGAAACUAAAGUCGUUUUAGACGUCUCCACAACCGACGAAUCGAUCAUUGUUAAUGGUGACGAUAAGGUGUUUGAUGAACCUCCGGUAAAUGGAGUGGAGGAAAGCCCAGCCAAGUCCCCAGCUAGUCUGCACCCUCCAACAGAGGGAGAAUCAACACCAGAUUCAACUCUUGAAGAGGGAGAAAUUAAAUCUCCACAGAAAGUGAAGAAAUCUCGUAGUUUCAAGAAAGCGCUCAUGAAGAAAUUUAAAAAGGACGAGAAAAAAGAGGAGAAUGAAAAAGCAAAAUAGAUAUUAUCCAAACGAGAAGAUAUUAUCCAAACUAUAAUAGUAAUUAUAUUUUUGAUGGCGGUUCGCUAAAAUAAAAAGACGAACGCCUACUGCAUCAAGCGUGAAGCGUGAAGAUAACAUUUUUAAAUGAAAGCGCCUUGUUUUAGUAUAUUGUAACUAUAUAAAUGGUUUUAUGAGUUGUGUAUAGAGAUUUUAUUUUCACAUAUAAGUAUAAUAUACUGAGCAGACAUAUAAAAACAUCAAUAACGUAAAGAUAGAAUUUCUUAUUUGUUUGUGUGUGUAUAUAAAUACUUUCACGCUAUCAUCAAAGUAAGAAAACACAGACUGUGGCGUUUAAAUGCAGGUUUUUAAAUAAUCGUGUUAUAGUUACAGGGCAUUGGAAGAUUAGAGAAACGUUAGCUACCGAAUGUUAUCUUUUAGCAUGAUUAAUGUUCUAUAAAAAGUUAAUGCGUUUUUGUAUAUUUUUUGCUUCGUUAUGUUGAAGGCUAGGUAAGAUAAAGAAGAAAGAACAAACGUAAUGUUCUAUAUAUAUAUAUUUUGAUAAAAAGUUAUAUGAGAAGCUAAAUUAUUAACAUGCUUUAUUUUGUGUGCGUGUGAACAUGUGUAACUUUUAUCGCAUGUGUGAACGCGGUUUAAUUAUGUGAUUCGCACUGGGUUGUACAUUUCAUUAUUAUUACAUUUUAUUUUUAUCACUUUUUGCUCUCAGAUUUUUUUUCAGUUUUUUUUUCCUUCUUUAAUUUUUGAAAUCUUUUUUUUUUACUAAACUUUGCUGGGGGUAUUGAUUUAAAAUGACGUGAUGGUUUUUGGCCGUGUCAAAUUAAACAUAACUUCAAAAAUUCUUUAAAAAAGUUCAUUUUGGAAGUAUUUAUAAUGUUAUUUAUCACAUUUUAAUUUUUGUUUUCUUCUUUGAUGAUCCUUUAUAAUUCUUUUAUAUAGUGAUAUUUAUUUUAUCAGCUAGAAUAUUUUCAUUUGACAAACCAACUUCGUCCCCAGUGGUUCUUGCCUUUUUGACUUCAAGGUCAAGUAAGAACUAGCGGCUUUGACAUAGGCAACAAACCCUAGGGACGAACAUGUUGACAAACAGCUUAACCUAAAUAUAAAAGUCGAGUCGCAGAAUGAACAAAUUCGCGUUUUUUUCCCUUGUCUAUUAUUGUGUCGAGUUUUGGAGAAAAUGAAUCUUUGUAACGCGUGGGAUUUUUGGAGAUCUAGAAAAUAUCUUAAUUGUUAAACACAGUAUUAUUAGAAGAUCUGUUUUGAGCAUAUGGAAAUUGGGUAUUCAAGAUAAACAGAUGAACUAAAAACAUUUUUUUUAACUAUUGAUUUAAUAUAAAUACAUUUUAACA